AUGGCGAAUACACUACGUCUAAUUCCUCAUUUAUACUGGAUAGUCAUCGAGGAUGGAAACGCAACAGUACCCUACGUUGGAAGAAUCCUUCAACGAUCUACGUUACCUUUCACCUAUAUGGCUGCGAAAACACCUGUGAACUACCCAGGGCGUGGAUGGUAUCAGCGAUCUGUGGCUUUGCAGUAUCUCCGGAGUAUUUCCGCUCAUAUACUGGAGAAAUAUCGUUCUGCUGUCGUUUACUUUGCCGAUGAUGAUAACGCUUAUGACACACGCGUUUUUACUGAUUACGUACGAAAUGUGAAGAAGCUGGGAAUGUGGGCUGUGGGUCUGUCCGGCGGAUUUCCAGUAGGAAUAUCCAAAAGCCGUUAA